CUGCAAGUCUCAAUGCAGAGAGAUGUCAAGGGAUGCCGAGAUAAGUAGAGGAGAAGACGCGUUAUCGGCUGUGGAGUUUUGUUUUGAGCCCUUUUUGGUUGUGGGUGACACUUAACAUUUUCUUGGAUACCCAGAGAUUUAAAAUGAGCGAGCAGAUAGGGUUUCUAUAUCUUGCGCGAGGACACCUAAACGGGGCUCCCGGGUGUUGAUGGACACCUGCUGGGAUCAAACCUGCAACCUUUUAGCCGCAGCAAAAGCCAAUAGACGUCCCCCCCCCCCUCCACUAAAACAACCUGUAUCACAUUUACAGUAUGGAUUAUUGUUGGCGCAAAUCAAUUUAACAACUUUUCUCGGGGAAUGGAUUUAAUUCAGUGGAAACUGUGAUACCUACACGUUUCUUAUUUUUUUUACUUUCAUCUUUAUGUGUAUUCCAGACACACAUCCGGCGGUUUUAGUGUUAUUCUUGACACGUUUCUGUUAAGAUUUCCGAUCCUCGGUACACUUACAAGAGUUGUAGCCUAAAAUCUCGUCGGCUCUCAUGGGACUGAGGCAUUCGUCGCGUUGUUUGCUGCUACGGCGGAAGAUGGCGGAGGCGGACAGCUCGGAGAGGCAACAGCCUGUCACGUCCCCCCUCUCUCAGUCUGCUCAGCCCUCCCCACUGUCUAAACCAGUGCCUACUACCCACCAUGUGCCCUGCGUCCCCCAUACACCUCAUGUAGCAGCCCUGGCCACCUGUCCUGGUCGGGGAAAGAUUGCCAAGUUCAUGAGCCCGGAGGAAAUGACAUCACGGGACUACUACUUCGACUCUUAUGCCCACUUUGGCAUCCAUGAGGAGAUGCUGAAGGACGAGGUGCGGACGCUGACCUACCGGAACGCCAUGUACCACAACAAGCACGUGUUCAAAGAUAAAAUCGUCCUGGAUGUCGGCAGCGGCACGGGGAUCCUCUGUAUGUUUGCCGCAAAUGCCGGCGCCAAACACGUCUACGGGAUUGAAUGUUCAAGCAUAUCCGAAUAUUCCGAGAAGAUUAUCAAGUCAAAUCACCUACACAAUGUCAUUACCAUUUUCAAGGGCAAAGUGGAGGAGGUGGAGCUGCCCGUGGAGAAGGUGGACAUUAUCAUCUCGGAGUGGAUGGGCUACUGCCUCUUCUACGAGUCCAUGCUCAACACCGUCAUCUUCGCCAGGGACAAGUGGCUGAAACCCGGAGGCCUGAUGUUCCCUGACAGAGCGACUCUCUACGUGGUAGCCAUUGAAGACAGGCAGUACAAGGACUUCAAGAUUCAUUGGUGGGAAAACGUGUACGGGUUCGACAUGAGCUGCAUUCGCAACGUGGCCAUCAGAGAGCCUCUGGUGGAUAUGGUGGAUCAAAAGCAGGUGGUGACUAACGCCUGCCUCCUCAAGGAAGUGGACAUCUACACUGUGAAGCCAGAGGAUCUGUCCUUCACCUCAGCCUUCUGUCUGCAGAUCCAGCGCAACGAUUACGUCCACGCCCUGGUCACCUAUUUCAACAUCGAGUUCACCAAGUGUCACAAGAAGACCGGCUUCUCCACCGCUCCAGAUGCUGCCAGCACACACUGGAAGCAGACAGUGUUUUACUUAGAGGACUACUUGACUGUGAAGAAGGGAGAGGAGAUCUUCGGCAGUAUCACCGUCAGGCCCAAUGAGAAGAAUGUGCGUGACCUGGAGUUCACCCUGGAGCUAGACUUUAAAGGACAGCUAUGCGAGGCCGCCAUUUCCCACGACUACAAAAUGCGUUAGGAGCAACAACGACCGACCGACCGACUCCCCUCAGCCGCUCUGGAACACACUCGGAGAGGGCGCACACGCUCUCCAACAAGCAUUCCAGUUGGCCAGCGAGGGCGACCACACGCAUCUGAUCGGAUGCCAUCAUGCCAGCACCUAAGUGAUGUCAUCGGAAAAGGGCAAGCAAUAUCAGCAAUAGUGCCGUCACCUGUACCAACUUGACUCCGGCACGUAGUUGAAUGUAACAUCCUAAAUGAACUUGAUUUCUUCUCUCACUAGGUUCUGGAAAUUGUAUCAUUUUGAGUAUAAAAUAAAAAGCAUUGGAGUCUUUGUAUUGUUAGUGCAGCUAAUUGAAAAGCAUUGAUCUGCGUGAUGUCCAGAGGGUUACAGCACGGUCACCAUUUGUUAGGAUUCAUUAUGCAGUGUGUAAUAGUAUAGAGGGUGCAGUAAUCAAGUGUUUCAUUUGAGUUAUUUAUGAUUUGCAAGUGAAAGUAUUUGUAUUUGUUUUGCGUCAUUGAUUUCAGAAAGGUGUGGAAUGACAUUUCUUUAU